AUAUGUCGACACAAACCCAAUGUUGGCAUUGAUUUGCUUUUUAAAUGUCAAAAGUCAUGAUUGCAUUCAAUGUUAAUAUCCAUUGAGUUUAUACACAAUAGUAGUGACAGUCAAGUGAUGUCAUGUCAUGUGAAGUACAGAGCAGUCACUGUAAUGACAGAUGAAGUGAAGUAUUAUUAGAAAGACUACGACGAGGUGUGCAAUCAAAUUGACCACCGAUUUGGCCACCGAUUGCAACACAAGAUUUAUGACCAKAUUUUARCCAAAAGCUUAACUGUUUGACACUGUAUUGCAUUUAAAGGGCUUUUUGUCGUAAAGUUUGCAUUUGUAUAAUCUGGUCGAUGAUGACCACUACCAGGUGGUGGUCAGACAACAGCUGUUGAAACGAUCAGAUCUUUUAACAACUGGUUUAGYGAGUCAAUCGAUGCAUUUUCAAUGAGUCUUUGGUCGCGGAUGUGCUCAACGAUGGGCUCAUUUAUCAGCAAUUUGUUUGGGAAUAACAGCAACAUUAAGACAAUUAGCCAUUUGUUUAACUCGUAUCCGACGGGAUAUAUCUCGGAGUCGACCAAACAGAUUGUGUCAGCACUUCUGGUUGAGCUCAACAACAACUACUCCAAUGACGCCAAUCAUAUCAACUGGAAUUACAUUCACGAGACUUAUUUGUCACCGAUUCCGAAGGGUGAGAACCUAUUAUUGGUAAUCGAUUGUAAUGGUUAUAACAUUCUUCAGCGAGCAGUCAGUCUGAAGAGUGUAGAACUAACUAAAUGGUUGCUUAACUAUGGAUGUGAUUGCAAUCGCGGCACUUGUAGUCUACCAUUACAUAUCGCUACUCUUAACGGACCCAUUGAAAUUGUUGAACUAUUGGUCAAAUUCGGGGCGCGAGUUGAUUGCGAGGCCCGUAUGUGUUAUCCGGGACCUCAUUCGCCUAACUGUGAGUUGGGCCGAAAAUCUGGUCUUUUAUGGAACGGUGGGUCACAACACAACUCGACCAGCGAUAGACUACAAUCAGCUGACUAUUAUGCAAUAGACGGCGAUCAGGCGUCCAUUUUGGAGUAUGUGAUGCUUCGGUCAGAAGACAAUUGGCUUCCGUGGCACUGYCAGAAGAAACCAUUAUUACACUCGGCCUUCGAGAGAGGCGCCUGGAAUUGUGUCAAUUAUCUUAUUUCCGAAAGACCUGAUGAGAUAAACCAGUUAUACGACGAGUAUUUUCCAAUACAUCAGGCAGUCCUCCAGGACAUCAAAUUCUUAGAGCUUUUAAUACAGUGUAACGCCGAUCUCACUCAGCGUACAUCAACACAACAGCUGACUGUACUUCACGUACUAUUAUUGUUGGGCAAGAAGUCAUCAAAUGACACAUUAGCCACACUUAAGCUUCUGUUUGAAAUGGGAUGCAAACUACUUGUCAACGAACCGGACAGUCUCGGCAAUACUCCAUUACACGCACUUAUAGUCAGAUAUUCAUUAGAAGAGUCGCAAUAUAACAGUCCCUCACAUAACGGCACUGAACAACAGCUUCGGUGGACAACUUGGGAUAUGUUACACAUUUUUAGAUUUAUACUACAACAGGGAGUUUUGCAAAGCAUCAAUCGUAAGGGCAAUAGCGCCCUGUGCUGUGUAUUGAGACAUGUUAAAGAUUGGGAGUUCCGCUUUGAACUACUGUAUAUGCUUUUACAAUACGGAGCUGAUCCCAAUUGUGUUGGUAGGGAUGGCUCAGUGCCAUUGAUAUUGUGCUUCACACCACUCCUUAAUAAGGGUUUAUUGCAUUUAUUGAGUCACUCGAAAAAAGUCUCGUAUUUGAAUUGUGUCCGCAUUUUGUGUAAAUACGGUGCAAAUCCUAACUGUUCGUACUAUCGAAACACACUGACACCACUACAUGUACUGGUGUUUAGUGCGAGUGAAUACAUGUCACUGACCAACUGUGACAAACCGGCCGCUUUUGCAUUCAUACGACAAGUGCUGACCGUUUUAUUACAGCACAAACUCGACCCAAAUGUUGACUUUUCUCAGCGCAAUCAACACAUACUAUUAGCUCUUCUUGAUUUAGUACAAAACGCUAGAAUGCCUUCCGAUUUGGAUUAUGUCCACGACUUGUCGCUAACACUAAUCAAAUUUGGGGCCAAUCCUGAUAUCAAGUGCUCAACUGAGUCGACCACUUGUUAUUCGCAAAGUUCUUCUUUGUCACAGAAAAGCGCAGAUCAUGUACUCUUCUAUUACAUUCAUUACUUGUUGCGCAAAGAAGAGGUGCUGAUUGACGACCAAUCGUCUGAACAGUACUUCACAAAACCAGUAUCGUUAUACUAUCACGCGAUGUCACACAAACCAUUGUUCUCAUGUCUGCAACGACUCAAUCGGGAACUCAUAAACGGUACUAUUCGGUGCAAUUCACAGCAAUUGUCUUCACUUGUAAGAAAUUUAUCGACAAAUCCGCGACCACUCAAGAGUAUCGCCAGAAAUACCAUUUACCACUCAAUGGGCCGACAAUUAGCUCAGAAUAUCAAUAAACUACAGCUUCCAGCGGCUAUCAAGCAAUACGUACUCGAGUUUGUUCCCUAAGAGAGCUACCACUUCUGCAAAAAUAUGAUUUUUUACUAAAUUAAGAUAAUAUACAGUAUUAUUGUAUUAUUAUUUAUGGUAAUAACUUUUUAUUAUAUAAUGUUUUAUACA